AUGAACCGCGCUAUCCUCCUUGCUGCGUUGCUAUUCGCUUCAACGUACGCUCAAUGGCCUUGCGGCAGAAUAGAAGAGAAACAUCCACCUUUCACCUGGCACUCCUGUCACGGUAAAGAAUGCCAUCAAAAGUACGGCGCCGUCGUCCUGGACGCCACGCUACGUCAAAUAGACUGCUGCCACGGUAGCUUCAACAUCAACGAUUUACAAAGAACAGCUUGCAAAAAGAAGAACAAAACCACCUGCCCCGUGGACUGCUGUAUCGAGGGCGCUGACUACCAAGCUCAUGGCAUAUCGACCGACGACACGAGUCUGACACUGGACCUCGGCGCCAGCGACCUUGAUACUCCGAAGGAUCUGGUUCGGGUGUUGACUUUGAAGGACGACGAGCGUUACCUGCAACCCCAUUUGAUCAGGGCAGACGAUUCGGAGUAUACUUUCGAUCUGGAGAUUCGAAACGUGCCCCCAGGUUACAAGGCGAGAGUGUCGCUUCAUUGGAUGUGGGGGAAUGGCGGUAAAGGAAAGGAAAAGGGCGAUAAAGCCGGCGCCAGGUACGGAACCGGGUAUUGCGAUGCUACAUGCGACCAAGGUCAAAGGUUCGUCCACGGUAAAGCCAAUUACGAUGGAUGGGUUCCUUCAGAGCACGACCCUACGUUGGGUAAAGGGCCUCUCGGCGCAUGCUGCACCCACUUUGUGCUAUGGGAGGGAAACACGGAGUCUACAGAUUUUGGCUUUAGUCCAUGCUCUCCAACUUGGCCUCAUUGGUGCAAGACUGAAAAGUGCAGACAGAAAUGUUUCGCGCCCGGUUGUACAUGGAACCCCCACGGCAACCGCCAUAAACCGUUCUAUGGCCCUGGGCCAACGAACACUAUCGACUCGACAAGGAAGUUCAGCGUUGUAAAUCAGUGGUUCUCACAGCAGACGCCGUUAGUAGCUGCCAUCCUGAAAACUAGGGCCAUGUACUUUAUCCAAGAUGGAAAGCUUCUCCGAAGCCCGCCGUCUGACUACAGACCUAACGGUAAGGAGUUUUUUACCAUGAAUAAGCAGUACUGUCAAAAGGUGGUGUCGGAAUUCAAGAAUGGCAAGUGGUGGAAAAGAUCUGGUAAAUGGUGGCAGCGAGGUUACGGCCACAACUACCCAAUGGUGCCUGUUUUCAGCUUAUUCCGAGAUCGAGAGUACGAUAAGAUCCGGCGUUUGGAGAAUGACGGGAAAGAAGUUGAAGAGCUACCUCGCAACGCAUCUGUUACUUUCUCCAACUUUAGAAUCGGCACGAUUAACCAGACUUAUGUUGAUCUGCUUGACCCAGACGCGCGGCCAUAUGACUGUCCGCAUCGGCGUCUCAACACAUUUCACGAGAAAAACCAACCCAAGCCUACAGGUUAUGCAAGACUGUUUCGAAGCACGUAA